CAUGUUGCCUAUGUCUCAUAUUUCCAUGCAGGAAGUUCUAGCCCAGGAGGCAACGGUCAGUGACUGGGACCAGAGAGAAUGGUCAAAAGGGAUCUGGCCAUCGGUCUGAUCUUCUUAACACAGACUACCGUUGGAAUCCUGGGCAAUUUCUCACUUCUUUGUCAUUAUAUCAUCCUUUCCUUCACUGAGUACAGGUGGAGGUCCACAGAUUUCAUUCAUAAGCACCUGAUUGUAGCCAACUUCUUAGCCCUACUCUGCAAAGGAGUCCCCCAGACCAUGGCAGCAUUUGGGCGGAAACAUUUCCUCAGUGACAUUGGAUGCAAACUUCUUUCCCUUCUUCACAGAGUGGGGAGGGGAGUGUCCAUUGGUAGCAUCUGCAUCUUGAGCGUCUACCAGGCCAUCACCAUCAGUCCUGGGAACUCCAGGUGGGCAGAGCUUAAAGUUAAAGCGCCCAAAUACAUUUUCCCCUCUAUUUUCCUGUGUUGGGUCCUGCAAAUGCUGAUGAAUAUCAUUUUUCCUAUCUACUUAACGAGCACAUUGAGUGAUAAGAACAUCACAAACAGAAAGGAUUUUGGAUACUGUUCUUCGGUUCGUCAUGACAAAAUUAGAGACUCAUUGAAUGCAGUGUUGUUAUCAUUCCCUGAUGUGUUAUGUCUGGGGCUCAUGCUCUGGGCCAGCAGCUCCAUGGUUUUCAUCCUGUACAGGCACAAGCAGCAGGUCCAACAUAUUCGAAGAACCAACACCUCUUCCAGAUCCUCCCAUGAGUCUAGAGCCACCAAAAUCAUCCUUCUUCUGGUGAGCAGCUUUGUCUGUUUUUACACCCUUUCCUCCAUCUUUCAAGUUGUUGUGGCUUUUUUUGAAAAUCCCAGCUGGAUCAUCAUGAAUGUCACUGCACUUGUGUCUGUGUUUUUCCCAACUGUCAGCCCCUUUCUGCUCAUGAGCCAUGACUCCAGGGUACCCAGGCUGUGCUUUGCAUGGACAAGGAAUAUAAAAUCCCCUCAUCCAGGAUUUUUCUAUGAGUACAUCCCUGAGUGA